CGUCAGCCAUAUUGGAUUGUUGUUUUUGUGCUUGAUUGAUAGACCUUUUGCUGAAAAAUCUCUCAGGAUCAGGAAUUUGAACAGUAUAUCAGCAUGAACGCAAAACAACGAAAAGACGACCAUUUGGUGAAGUUGACCAAAGUCAGGCUCCAAAAUUUGGCGAGGAAGCAAAGUCUGGAGAAUCUGGCGCUGCAGUUAAUUGCCGCAAAUUUCCAACUUUAUAAAGAUUUCAACCUGCCCUCUCAAAUUCGCGAGAAAUUAUUGCAAAGGAUUUUGCAGUGGAGGUGUUUUGACGCAAAUGGAAAUUUGGAGCAGUUUGACAAGAUGAUGCAGACGCUGCCAAAGCUGCUUGGCUGGUGGACUGUCUCAGUUGACUUCACGAACAUGUUCACCUUUUGCCCAACUCAAAAAAUCAAGAGCUCAUUUAUCCAGGUCUGCGAGUUGUUGGCUCGAGUCGCGCCAAACAUCGAAGAGCUGUUGAUGACGAACUAUCCCUCUGAUUAUGAUCUCGUCAUUCAGGACCUGCUGCUGCCGCUGACAAAAAUGCAGAAGCUGCAGAAAUUGCGCCUCUUCUGUUGCACACUCAACCUAAAAGGAUUACUGGAGCUGUGCAGGGCUUUGCCGAGCCUUCGGGUGUUAGGCGUCGAAUCCCUUCUUGAUGUCUUACAUGAAGAUGGCAGUGAGAACAAUAUUUCUAGAGACCUGCAGCACCUGAGAGUGUUUGAAGACGGCGAUUGGAGCUACUUUCACCUAUCGUUUUUCUCAAGGGCUGCCCCUCAUCUUAACUACAUUGACGCCUCGCACCGGGACAGUGUAACAACUGUCUGUCUGCACGAGGACGAGGACAAAAUGCCGAAUCAGCGAAGAAAAUUCUUCUAUUUGUACAUCGGUGCUGAGCUCUUCGAUUUCAAUGAGGAACUCCACGUCAAGCACCCAUUCAUCGCUCACUUGGAGGUGGACGGCUCGUUCAUCACAAGAUACGGAGAAGAAACUCUAGACAAAUUUUCAAACUUGAAGACUUUGGUUCUGGACACCUGCACAUUGACUGACGUGGAUAGCUUGAUGAGAGUUUACGGAGAGAACCUGCGCACACUCCACAUCGUGGACGACUGGGACACUGCAAUGGAAGGACUCACGUUCGGACGCAUUUUGGAGUGCUGUCCGCGUCUGGAAAAACUUAGCCUGAAGAACGUCAUCGUUCCAGAUGAAGACGCGAAUCCCUUCCCAGAACUGCGUGACUUCUCCUGGGAAAAUGAUGCGGAUGACGUUGUUUGUGUCCUGCUGCGGCCGAGCAUCCUGUCCUCUCCAAAACUGGCGAGGAUUACGCUUGAAGGAAAGUUUAAAGUGAGGGACUUGAAGGGCGUGGCCACCCUGAUCAAGCAGAAGAAGAUCCUGAGGCAUUUGCAGUCCUUUCACUUGAGCCUCGUGUACACCAGGAACGAAAACUUCAAUUUUUCUCACUGCAGGGCUGCCGUAAACCUGGCUAAGGCUGCCUCUGCGUUCCUUCCUGUACUGAUUGACAUCCGUCUUUCCAUAAAUGACGACUUCUAUCUCAGCUAUGAGGAUGUAGCUGCUGCGAUCUCGGAAUCUGACCCUGAUCCGAACGAUCACUUGGAAGACGAGGCUCUGAACAAGAUGAUGAAGGAGUUUGAGAAAUUCAGAGGUGUUGGUUUCAAACCAUAAAUUUGGUUUAAUUUGAUUUUCAGUCUGUGAAUUGAUUUAAUUUUGUGCUGUGGAAUUGAAUUUUGACGAAGGUAAUAUAAAUUGCUUGAUCUUCAUUAAAUAAAUUCUGCUCUUGCUUGAGUAAAUGCCCUGAUCUGUGCCAGGUGUCCUCAAGCAACAGAUUCAAAUAUGAA